AUGGGAGCUGCCGAAUCGCAUCUAGCUCAACUUCAACAACGUCGGGAAAACCGUCGCACCAGCCAUUGCUGCUUUGAAGAUGCCGAGUGCCGACUUCGAAAACCAUGCAGCAAGUUACCUGACGUCAUCGACUACGGUGAGGAUGCAUUAGACCGUCAGCCGAGGUCGUCGUCGAUUUCGCCCAACAUGAUGGGGAGUGCGUUCAAUUUCCUGUCCGAUGUUGACUUCCCGUAUGAGAACGUUGUGUUUGAGGGUGGCGGCAGUCAGGGGACUGCUUAUAUUGGGGCUAUUGUAGAGCUGGAGCGUCUAGGGCAUCUUGAAAUGUUGCGUCGAUUCGGAGGGGCUAGCGUGGGCUCCAUCACUGCUGCUAUGCUUGCAUUAGGGUAUACCUCAGAAAAGUUCCUUGAUGUCAUGAAAUAUGGACCAUUCUUCAACGAUGCACUAGAUGCUCGAUGUGGCCCGUGUAGCAUGGUGCCGAACGUCCUACGCAAUCUCGGAUGGCACCCUGGUCGGUCCUUCUACCGCUGGAUAGGGGAAGUGGUGGAGGAGAAAUUGGGUAGCCCAAAUGCUACCUUUCGGGACCUCUACGAGGCGACAGGCAAGGAGCUUUGCGUGGUGGUCACCAAUCUUAGUCUGAAGAUGGAGGAGUAUUGCCACGUGAAGACCACGCCCCUUUUGCCGAUCAGAGCCGCCGUCAGGAUGUCCAUGGCCAUUCCAGGUGUUUUCUUCCCAUUUCAAUGGAAAUACAUUGAUCGUACUGAUCUGUAUGUAGAUGGAGGUGUACUCUGUAACUACCCAGUUCAUUGCUUUGAUGCCAGCUGGAGACAUGAUGGUCAUGAUAGUACAGUCCCGCCGCGAGCUCAGGCAGGCAAAUGGCAUGGCAUGGCAUGGCAUGCUGGUAUCGUAUGA